CCGGCGCUCGGGACGUGCCUGCGCCCCCGGCCGCCGCGCCUGUGCCGCGGCGCGUCCUUCGGCCGCCACCCUCUCCCGCCAAGCCGGCUUCACCCGGCCCCGUCCAGAGGCUGCUCUCGUCGUCCCGUUUCGGACUUUGGUUGCUUUAGGAGGGGAUUUGCUGCUUCUGUUUCUUUUUCCUUUUACGAUUUGCAAAAGAGAAAAGAACGCGCACGGCAAGCUGGGCCGGCGAAGCGCCACCAGCCGCCCCCACGUGGACACCUCUGAGGCGAAAGGGAGUUGGAAGCAAACUUGGGCCAGCUGGCCUUGAGGCCUCCUCUCCGGCCGGACUCCCAGGCCCGGGGUCAUGACUCUCAGGCCCCGCAGGUGGAAGGCUUUACCUGUCCUGGGCUGGACCUGAGUCCCGCACUGCCUCAGCAACCGCACCAUCCCCCUGCAGCCACACACCGGACACCUGGGCUAGGCUCUGACCCCCGCCUGUGACAUGGAUAAGUACGGCGACCUGGGCCUGGAGGCCAGUAAAUUCAUUGAGGACCUGAACAUGUACGAGGCCUCCAAGGACGGACUCUUCCGAGUGGACAAGGGGGCAGGCAACAACCCCGAGUUCGAGGAAACGCGCAGGGUGUUUGCCACCAAGAUGGCCAAGAUCCACCUCCAGCAGCAGCAACAGCUCCUGCAGGAGGACACCCUGCCCAGGGGGAGCAGAGGCCCAGUCAAUGGCGGGGGCCCCCCGGGCCCACAGAUCCGCCGGGACGCCGGUGUGGGCAACAAGCUGACCCUGGACGGUGCUGCCAAGCCCCCUCUCGCUGCCUGCACAGCGGGUCCUGGGACAGCCCCCACCGUCGCCUCUGGGCAGCCCUCGUACCCACCCCAGGACCAGAGGGCCAGGCCGUAUGUCCGUGGCACAAGCCACGGCAGCCAGGACUGUGGCUCCAAGGAGAGCGUGGCAUGCUGGGAGAUGUCUGCCUUCCGCCAGCCGGGCCCCUGUGAGGAUCCUUCCUGCCUCACCCACGGAGACUAUUAUGACAACCUGUCUUUGGCGAGCCCGAAGUGGGCUGAUGAACCUGGAGCGUCCCCGGGCAUCAGGGGGAGCGUAGGGAGUGGGUGGCCUGGCACCCAAGGGGCUGAUGCACCGCUGCCCAAACCCCCCGGGGACCCUCCCCUGUACCAGCCUCAGAUCUCCCUGAGCUCCAGCAAGUCAUCGGAGAGCGGCCAGGAUGGCAGUGGUGGUGGCCGUGGUGGUGAGAAGCCAGCUGGGCUUUGGACUACCGCCUCUUCCCAGCGGGUGGGCCCUGGCCUUUCUUCCCCAGGCCCGGAGAACGGGGCCCUCGUGGGGCCCGCUCAGCCCAGGACCCCUUCUCUCUUAGCACCGUCGGCCCAGAGCUGCCCCAGCCAAGGAGCUCUUCCCAGAACAAACUUGGGGGUGGGGAGUGAGGUUUCGGGCACCAUGUCCAAACCCACUGUGGACCCUCAAGCCUGGUUCCAAGAUGGACCCAAGUCUUACCUUUCUAGUUCUGCCCCCUCAUCCUUACCAGCCAGCACAGACAGUUUGCCGUCGGGGGCGGCCCCUGGACCGGGUCCCAAGCCUGCCUGCACGGACCCUGGCACUGGUCCCAAGCUCAGCCCCACCAGCCUUGUCCAUCCAGGGAUGUCUACCCCACCUGAGUUAUCUUGUAAAGAGGGCCCCUCUGGCUGGGCAUCGGACGGCAGUCCCACCAGGGUGAGGCUGCCCUGUCAGACCCUCGUCCCAGGCCCCGAGCUUGGGCCCUCGGCUGCCGAACUGAAGUUAGAAGCGCUCACUCAGCGUCUGGAGCGGGAGAUGGGGACUCACCCGAAGGCCGACUACUUUGGAGCCUGCGUGAAAUGCAGCAAAGGGGUGUUCGGGGCCGGCCAGGCCUGCCAGGCUAUGGGGAACCUCUACCACGAUGCGUGCUUCACCUGCGCGGCCUGCAGCCGGAAGCUGAGAGGAAAAGCCUUUUAUUUUGUCAACGGCAAAGUGUUUUGUGAGGAAGAUUUCUUGUACUCCGGGUUCCAGCAGUCUGCCGACAGGUGUUUUCUGUGUGGACAUCUGAUCAUGGACAUGAUCCUGCAGGCCCUCGGGAAGUCCUACCACCCCGGCUGCUUCCGCUGCGUCAUCUGCAACGAGUGUCUGGACGGGGUGCCCUUCACCGUGGACUCCGAGAACAAGAUCUACUGUGUCCGAGACUACCACAAGGUGCUGGCCCCCAAGUGCGCAGCCUGUGGGCUUCCCAUCCUUCCACCUGAGGGCUCGGAUGAGACCAUCCGUGUUGUGUCCAUGGACAGAGACUUCCACGUGGAGUGCUACCACUGCGAGGACUGCGGCCUGGAGCUCAACGACGAGGACGGCCACCGCUGCUACCCCCUAGAAGACCACCUGUUCUGUCACACCUGCCACGUCAAGAGACUGGAGAAGAGCCCCUCCCCUGCAGCCCUCCACCAGCACCGCUUCUAGCCGGAGCCUCUUCCAGACCUCGCAGCGUUGCCAAGCCAGACACCUGCCUGCUAAUUCCGGUGGCCCCCAGGGGGGGACUCCGUGGGGCGGGGUGGGGACAGGCAGGUGAGUUUCUGCCGAUGCGUGCGGCCCCUGCUUCACCCGGGGAGGUGAGCCCUCCCUGUCUGGUAGGUGUUACCUUUCUGCGCCACCCCGCCCUCAUCGGAUUACUCAGGAAGACACUCUAGCAGGUGUGUGGCAGUGUGUGACACCCCGAGGAGCCCUCCAGCCCCUCCGGGGACAGUUCAUGCUUUAGGAAAAGUUGGCACUGAGCGUACUUCGAGGUGUCCUCUGAAGAUCGCUCAGCUGCCAGGACAUUCAGCCCCUCCCUGUGCCGUUGGGAAAACACCUGCACCAGACACUGUCCCCGCACACAGCGCGACUGCAGACCGCACCCCAACACACACACACACAUACACACACACACACACACACACACACACACACACACACACAGCAUUAUUUAAGACUUCUUUCCGCCCCAGAGACUCUGCUCUUCUGGCGAGCGGCUGCAAAUUUUAAUUGUGUGGUGGCAAGAGGGAAACCGUGACCUGUGACCUGUGCUCUGGGUCCGAGGAAGAAUCUCCGUGGUCAACCGGAGCGGAGUUUUGGACCAAGCGAGCCGACCUUUCCUCCUGGUGUUUUAGGUCCUCCCGCAAAUCCACACUCCCUGCCAGGCACCUGGGGCCCCGGUGGAGGUUUGCCCCGUCUGGCAGCAGAGCGUGUUUGGGACGAGGACUCGGGACAGGCGCCCGGCGUCCUUUGCCCUCCUGUUUGCAGUGUCUUUUUCUGGAGCUCUCGAGAGUCUGGGACUUUGGAGUCGCUCCCGCAGAGGCGAGUCUCAGGAUCCCAUGUAGAGACAGCUCUGUGCCUGUCGCAACGGAUUUAACAGGGCUUCAGGGACGCUUCGCCCACGUGCUGAGAGCCGGCCCCUCAUACAUGAGGAGACUGUGUGUGUGUGUGUGUGUGUGUGUGUGUGUGUGUGUGUGUGUGUGACAUCUCUAGCCAGCACGAGACGAGUGCCUCAGGAACACCCACCACGUUCGUUCUGCACAUCCGCCUCUGGCCCAGCGCUUGGCCACGGGCAUGGGCCGCGAAGAAACUGCAGAAGGUACCCUGCUUCGGUCUGUUUCUUUUCUCAUUUUUCCCUGUUCGCCUCUGCUUUCAAUCUCCCACAUGCACAAAAUACCUCACAGAUAAGGGCUUCGCCAGACCGCAUGGCAGGAGGGACUCGGCCAUCCCGCUGAGCUCGGAGAUGCCGUCGUGGGUGCAGGUGUCUUGGCCGCCACGUGGGCCACAUGCCCGCGGGUCAGGGCGCUGUGGGCUUAGCGGAAGGUCGGCUGAGGGUGGAUCUAGUCCCACAGGGUGCUGAUGCCUGGUGCAUUUCAUCACGCUGGUGCCCCGAGUGGCCGGGGCAGAGGCAGGGCCGCCCCCAUGCAGGAUUUCAAGGUCGCCUCUGCACUUGAGGAAGCACAGUUGGUGGCCUUGCGGGUCACCUGCCUGAGGCCGGCCGUCAGUCUGCCUGGUGUUUCGAUGAGAAGACGGUGUAAAAGACUGAAACAAGAAGGUUGCCUGCCGUUCAGCCCCGGGGAGGAGUGUGGUUGCGGGAGCCGGGGUCAGGCCCCUGCUGCCAGCUGGCCUGGGAGCAUUGUCCUGGCAUCCACUCGCCGCCACCUCCCCCCGCCUGGCACCCAGGGCAGCAGGGGCCACGGAGAGCGGUCACGGGAGCCCGAGGCCCACGGGACUCACAGACUCUUCAGCGGGCCCGGCUCCCCUUCUAGGCUGUCUUUUGAGUCCUUUCGGUUGCAGUUGCUGCAAGAGGCACAGAAUUGGCACCGUGAGUUGCCUCCAAUUUGUAUUCACUUCUUCUCGCCAGAGUCCUUUGGCCAGAUGUCACUUCGGCCCAGGCUGCGUGCUCUCAUUGGUCCCAGCCCACAGGCCGAGGCUCCAGAUGCUGCGUGGGGCCAAGGGACCGGACCCCUGACGUCCCGUAGAACGGCCAGGCCGGCUCUGGCAAGGCUGGGGGGCACACGAAGCCAGCCGACAUGUCUCCAGCCUUCACACCCGGUGCUCCGCAGGCAGGUGGAGCAAAAAGUGAGGAGAACUGUCAGAAGCGGGGAUUUGUUUGCAAAGUGGGUGACUAAUGAGUUAAAAAAAAAUCUUGGGAUUAAUUUUUUAAACGCAGUGUUUUAAAUGGACAUGAUUGGGACACCUGCAAACGUCGUGUUUUAUACUAUUGAGGAAGACGAGUGAGAGAACUUCCAGGCACCCUCGGGGUCCAAGCAGCACGUUCUCUCGGCCCAGGGCCCUGGAGCAGCGCGGGUGGCAACCUCGCACCAGUCCUGUUUCUCGGGCUCUUGUGCUAAAGCCGUGAAGCGGUGUUCGGCUAUGUUCUGACGCUGUUCGCCAAACAGAAUUGUAAUGGGGUUGGAUUUACAGGCACCUGGAAAGAAGACACAGCACCCUGUAGACCAGGAUGAAUACAUUUAUUUUAAAAGGUAGAGUGGGUAGCCCUUCCUGAGUUCCCUAGAUAGCUCUUGGGUUUUAGAGAAACAAGGAGAAAUAAGGUUUGGUUCCAGACCCCAAAGUCAGCCUCUGGCCUCCUCCCCGGCCCUAUUUUGCUGUUAGAUGUUUCUUCCCCACCCCCACCCCUCCCACUCCACCCCUUCCCCAGCGAGGGCCAUUCAGAAACUGCCGGGGUGGUCUGAGAAAAGCCAAGAACGACGUUUGGCCUGCCGUUCUCGCCCUCUUGAUGUUACUCUCCCACCUGUCACUGGCUAGAGUGGUUUGUUCGUCUCCUCACGGACGGGCGUUCCAUCCCGCCCGGGUCAUUGCCUGUACGUGGCAGCCGGGUUUUCCAUCUUUCCGCGGGGUGGUGCUCCAAGUGAAAACCUCUCAGCUGAGUAGUGAGGCCUGGGCGGCUGCGACUGCAGGAAGGAGUUCUGAUCACCGUCACCUGGUACCAUCACCCUGUUCCCAAGGGCUGGAGUCAACACAAAAGGAAAAAUGUCAGGACCUGAGAGAACGAUCUGGAACCUCCCAUCCUUGGCAGGCAUGCGCGGGAAAGUAGGGCAGCCAUGAUGUCCCCCGGUUCCCUCACAAACCAUGUGCCAAGUCUUGACCCCAAACCAGCCAUGUUGCUGGGCGCACCAGUCACGGCUCUGUCUGCCAGAAAUGAGUUCUAACUUCCGGGUGAUUCGAAGUCAAUCUUAAUAGAAUAAAAUGAGUAAAAUAUAGUAGCUGUUGUUCUGAGCUGGAACUGGACAUAAGGAAGUUUCCAUGGAGUGUAUUAAAAUUUCACUGUGCAGGGAAAUUAUUUUCCGCUGUAUCUCUUCUUUUAUGAUAAAAAUUCUUCAAAAUUGUACUGUUACUAUAAACGAUUCAAAAUAUUGUUACUUUAAAAUUUUCAAAACUGUACUGUUACUCUAAAAUGAUUCAAAAUAUGACAAUAAACUAUCAAUUUGUAGUCUAUUAAAGUGCUCUCCAACAUG